AUGCCUCAAUACGACGACGUUCGGUUCGUCUCCUCCUCGAUUAAGCUCCCGCUUUUCUCCUCAACCCCGGACGGCACCUCCGUACUUUCUUCCCCGCUGAACAAAUAUGCCAGAUUGCCAUUUAAAUUCAACCUGAACUUCAAUUCCCAUCAUCAUCCCUUCACUUUCAUUUCUCAGCUCGUUAAGAACCCGCUACUUUCCAAUCACAAUCUGAAGAGUCUCUCACUUGAUAAAUUGUUGAAGAAAUCACCGCUCUAUUGCUCCCCUGCGUUAGCUCUAUCGGAUUCGGAAGCCGGCCCUCAAUUGACAAACGGUGAUGACCCGGAAUCAGUGGUUCAGCACAAGGGCGAUGACUCGGUGCCGGUGACUCAGUCAAAGAGCGUGGGGAACAAUAGCCGACCGGCCGAGGAGGAGAGGAUUCUGAUAAGUGAAGUACUUGUGAGAAACAAGGAGGGGGACGAGCUCGAGAGGAAGGACUUGGAGGCCGAGGCACUGAAUGCUCUGAAAGCUUCCCGGCCCAAUGCAGCGCUUAAUGUGCGGGAGGUGCAGGAGGACGUGCACAGGAUCAUCGCUAGUGGGUUCUUCAGGUCUUGUAUUCCUGUGGCGGUCGACACCCGUGAUGGAAUUCAGUUGAUUUACGAGGUAGAGCCAAAUCAGGAGUUUCAAGGACUGGUUUGUGAAGGAGCUAAUGUUCUUCCAUCGAAGUUUAUAGAGGAUGCAUUUCGUGAUGGAUAUGGAAAAGUGGUUAAUAUCAGUCGUCUAGAUGAAGCAAUAAGCUCCAUUAACGGUUGGUACAUCGAGCGGGGACUUUUUGGCAUGGUUUCAGGCGUGGAUAUUCUUUCAGGAGGUAUUGUUAAGCUAAAAGUUUCAGAAGCAGAGGUCAACAAUUUAUCCAUACGCUUCCUUGAUAAGACUGGUGAGCCAACAGUGGGGAAAACAAAACCAGAAACUAUACUCAGGCAACUAACGACAAAGAAAGGACAGGUCUACAGUAUACUUCAGGGAAAAAGAGACGUGGAUACUCUGUUGGCAAUGGGUGUGAUGGACGACGUCAGUAUUAUUCCACAGCCAGCUGGUGACUCUGACAAGGUUGAUUUAACAAUGAAUAUUGUUGAGCGUAAAAGGGCAAGUGGAAUAUCUGGAGGUGGUGGAAUAUCAAGUGGAAUUACAAGCGGGCCGUUAGCUGGAUUGAUUGGGAGCAUUGCAAUAUAUCAUAAAAACCUGUUUGGACGAAACCAAAAACUUCAUCUAUCAUUGGAGAGGGGACAAAUUGAUUCCUUAUUUCGGGUUAACUACACCGAUCCAUGGAUUGAAGGAGAUGAUAAGCGAACAUCAAGGACAAUCAUGAUUCAGAACUCUAGAACCCCGGGAACACUUGUUCACGGGAACCAACCCGGUAACAAUCGUCUGACAAUUGGACGCAUCACAGGUGGGAUUGAGUACAGCAGGCCAUUAAGGCCCAAGUGGAAUGGAACAGCUGGACUUAUUUUUCAGCGUGCUGGUGCUCACGAUGAAAAAGGAAAUCCUAUCAUAAGGGACUUCUCUGGAAGUCCUCUUACCGCAAGUGGCAAUACUUAUGAUAAAAUGUUCCUUGCUAAACUUGAGUCUGUAUAUACCUCUUCUGGUGACCUGGGUUCUUCAAUGUUUGUGUUCAACAUGGAUCAGGGGAUCCCUGUGUUUCCAGACUGGCUAGUUUUCAACAGAGUGAAUGCUCGUGCUAGGCAGAGCCUGGCUUUUGGACCUGCACACAUUCUUCUAUGCUUGUCCGGUGGUCGUAUGGUGGGUAAAUUUCCUCCACACGAAGCCUUCCCAAUUGGUGGAACCAACAGUGUGAGAGGUUAUGAAGAAGGGGCAGUUGGAUCAGGUCGUUCGUACGUAGUUGGAAGUGGAGAAAUAUCAUUCCCUGUGAGGGGGCCAAUUGAAGGGGCUCUAUUUGCCGACUAUGGUACUGAUCUUGGAUCAGGCCCAACUGUUCCAGGUGAUCCUGCUGGAGCAAGAAAUAAGGCGGGAGGUGGCUAUGGAUAUGGAGUGGGCAUUCGUGUCGAUUCUCCCUUGGGCCCAAUAAGAUUAGAAUACGCAUUCAACGAUCAGCGAACGGGUCGAUUUCAUUUUGGUAUCGGGCUCCGUAACUAG